AUGCUCCUAGUGCGCCUGCUGACGCUGGCGGCGUCAACGUCAGCGUACUCAGAGUUCCGCUACAAUCUCCCAAACGGCUUUGAGGUCUCUGGUGUCCCGGCGAUCGGCCACGAAAACAAGGCGGGCGGCGGCGCCUACACGCCGUUUGGCCACGACUUUAUGCAACUACGAAUGGACAACCGCCUUCUCGGCGACCCGUGCUGCCUCUGGACAUCGAUGGACGAGACGCCGCUGCGUGGCAACCCGACGUCGCCGGGGCAUGCAAAUGCAUUCACGGCCGACGAGCUCGCGGAACUGCGCUGCGAUCGGGCAAAGACUGAGCUCUAA